AUGUAUGAUGUGGCAUUGAAGGAUUUAAAAGAGUUGGAAACCCAGCUGCUGCUGCUUGCAACCCAAUAUAUUGAGAAAGGUCAGCAAGCAUGCCAGAAAGCUCCUUCUGCAGGAGGCACACCUUGUGGGGAGGUUGACCUCCCAGGCUGGGCUCGCCUCUCAGUGGAUCGAUUUGCAGUUUUGCUUGACCUAUGGAGAUGUGAAACAGCUUUUCAGGAGCACAAACGGCAGCUCCUGGAUGGUUAUUUUGAAGCCUAUCAGCAUGUCUUUGAUGUGGAGGACCGCUUUGCAUUGGCCCAGGUUAUCACAGAUAUCAUGUACCAACGUCCACGGUUUAACCUGAGCAAUGAGUACUUUGUACAGACAUAUCAAGCUGAAUGUACCUGCCUGAACCUUCAGUCACAACUUAUAACAGACAUUUUGAACAAACAGAUAGAUGAUCAGCGAGAAUAUGUACAGAGGAUUUGGAGGGACAGCAAUCUGAUGGAGAUGGGUAUUGAAUUUGGUUUACCACUUAAUGUCAUUUCUAAGCAACCAGUUGCCAUUAACAACAGUUGUCCUGCCUUGAAAAAGAUUUACUUACUAGAAUUCCAUCCAUCACUGGGGAUGGCUGCCCGCGUUCGACAGACGUUGGAAUAUGCCUACUGCGAGCUCUGUCACACUUACAGACCAAAGACGGCCGACGAGUGCAUCGGCCUGGAGAAGCAAGUCCUUAACCUGGCGAUAGGAAAGUGGGCAGCUAUGGAAACGCCCGAGUCAUCCUAUAGCCUCCAAGUUCAGAGGGAUUUGUUUUCAGGUGUGUUUAUUGAAGAUCCACUCUUCGUCAGAGAUGUCGGGCUUUCCUUUAUAGAAGCUGCAGAAGAGGGUGAAAGUAGACCAGGAGCAGAGAAACAAGCCUUUGUGCUGCACGCUUUCUGCAGGCUGCUGGAGAUUAUCACACUGCGCCAUCGUUUGAUGGAAACUGCCUCUGAUGCUGCCCUGUUAGCUCAAUUAUACAAGCCUGUGGCUGUGCAGAUGGGCUUUGAUGAGUUUCAUUUGUAUCUGCGGCCAGUGCAGUUUGAAUUUGCAUCCCACAAGGAGAAAGCUGAUUGGCCCCCUCCAGUCUUCAUCACUAGUCUACUGGAAGAUGACAGUAGCAUUGACAGAUAUGCACCCUCAAGUCUACCAUUAGCGAUUCAGGAAGUUGAUGAAAAUCAUAUAGGAAAGUUCAGUUUUCGCACAAAGGAAGCAGUUCUUCAGCUGAUGGCUCGGCGUGGAGUGGAGAACUUGCAGGUGGCUUUGGCUUGUCAAACUGUGCAGAAGAAUUCACUGAUCGCUGUGAUGCAGCAGGCUCUGCUGUGCUCUGUGGAGAAAGCUGCCCAGUCCGUGGAUCCUAAGGACGGAAUGUUAGGUUACAAGAGUCAGGACAACCUCGCCAGUACAAGCCGUGCCAGCAUUGCCAGAGAUUCAGAGAGCCAGCAGCUCGCCUUCUCACUAAGAGCUGUCCACUCCCUCGGAAGUCGAAAGGAACGGUUUGCUGCCAGAAAAAGGCCUCCAGAGGCAUUUGUUUCAAUCCAGCUGGAGAAGCUCACCCCCCGGGACUUGAUGCUGAAUCAGUUCCUUCAGAAGAAGAGCGCUGCGGGGUCGAUCAUGAAAAACGCUGUGAGUAUUGACCUUUAA